ACCCGGCCCCGCGGUUCGGCGGCGGCGGGUGAGGGCGGUUCGGUGGCGAUGGGGUGCCUGCAGAGCGUGGCCUGCAAGGCGCGGGUGCGCCGGGAGCAGAUCGUGGUGUCGGACGUCUCGGCAACCAUCGAACCGGCGGCUACCGCCAUCGAGGAGAGCUCGCCGGUGGUGCUGCGGUACCGCACGCCGUACUUCCGCGCCUCGGCCCGCGUCCUCAUGCCGCCCAUCGCCCGGCGGCACACCUGGGUGGUGGGAUGGAUCCAGGCCUGCAACCACAUGGAAUUCUACAACACCUACAGCGACCUCGGCGUGUCAAGCUGGGAGCUGCCCGACCUGAGAGAAGGAAGAGUAAAAGCCAUCAGCGACUCGGAUGGCGUGAGCUACCCCUGGUAUGGAAACACCACAGAAACUGUCACCCUGGUGGGGCCCACCAACAAGAUCUCCAGGUUCUCGGUGAGCAUGAAUGACAACUUCUACCCCAGCGUGACGUGGGCUGUCCCCGUGAGCAACAGCAACGUGCCACUGCUGACCAGGAUUAAGAGGGACCAGAGCUUUACCACCUGGCUGGUGGCCAUGAACACCACCACCAAGGAAAAAAUCAUCUUGCAGACCAUCAAGUGGAGGAUGAGAGUGGACAUCGAGGUCGAUCCCAUGCAGCUGCUGGGGCAGAGGGCAAGGCUGGUGGGAAGGACUCAGCAGGAGCAGCCCCGCAUCCUCAGCAGGAUGGAGCCCAUCCCACCCAAUGCACUAGUGAAACCCAAUGCCAAUGAUGCCCAGGUCCUCAUGUGGAGGCCCAAACGAGGCCAGCCCAUCGUCGUGAUACCUCCCAAGUAGUGCAGGGGGUGAGGAGGAUGUGGGUGCUGCAGACCAGUGGGGUUCCUGAGCCAAAGCAGGCCUCUUGGGUUCUCCUCCUGCCUUUCUUUCUAGCUGUGCUUGGAAAUGCAGCUUCUCCUGAAUCUGAAAGGAUUGGCCACAGUGAGGACGUUGGAAUAGGGAUUGCUGAGCUUGGAGGAUUUCCCAGAAAGCCAAAUGAGGAUUUCUAGGAGCUGGGGAAGAGGCUGCCUCACCUAAACAACUCAUCUUUCCUUGCAGGGCAAUGUGAGGAGCAUGAGUGUGGUUGAACUGUGCCUGUGGCAAGUUCUGCUUUCCAUCCAGCUGGAGGUAGAAGCUGGGGCUGUGCCAGCCAGGCGUGGGGGGUCCUGUGGUGACCCUUCCCCUGGGGCAUGGCUGUCCCCGUGGGGUCUGUACCUAUGCAUUUUGGAUCAAUAAUCGACCCCUGGCCCUGCCUGGGAGUGUAGCCAGGGGCCAGCACUGGCUGUUGCUGCUUCCCAGGAGGGAUUUUCCACAGCUGGGGGGCAGCAGGUUGUUUUGCAUGCAUCAGGGUGUGUUUGGAGUAGUUGUGAGUGUAGGAGAUGCCAUAGCUCUUUUCUGUCUUGGAGUGAGAUCUAAGGGCAGGUUAGAUGUCCUUUCAUUUUAAAGGUGCACUAAAUCUUUGCAGUUCCUCAACCCUUCCCCUCCUCCCCACCCCCCCUAAAUCCCACUGGCCCUUCUUUUAGGGAAGCAAAACCAGUUUCUAGAUGAGUGGGAAGCCAGGAGCUGUGCUCAGGUGCUCCCUGGCAGUGUUGCACACAAACCCAGCUGGAGCUGCUCUGGGACUCACACUUUUCCUUUGCAGAUGUAACCCUGAACCUGGGUGCUUGCUCAUUUUCCACCCCAAUACUGGCUCAUAAGGAGAUCCUCCUCAGCCACCUGCAGAACAGGGUAGAUACCCCUGGGGGGCUGCUGGCAGGGAGGGGACAGCGUGCCUUCUGGGGACUCCCCAGGCUCUGCAGGGAUUGGUUUUUUUUUUUUCCUCUCCAUGGGUCAGAGGCAGGGAUGUCAGCAGAGGCUGUGUGGGGCAGCCCUGGGUUUGCCUGGGAAGGAGGGAUGGGAUUAACUCCCUUCCUCCUCUGGUGUGUCCUGCUCUGUGUGACAGUGUCAUGCUGUGGGCUGCAGUUCCCAACAUUUCACCCUCGAGGUGCAGCAGAGGUGAGAGCUGUGCCCCAGCUGCACUGCCAAUGCCCCAGGCACUCCAGGCAGGUGGUUAUGGCUUUUGCUGCUUUCUAUGUUCCCUUCUCCACCCCAGUGCCAGCCCUUUGGCUCCUCUGCUUUCCCUCCUGCAUUUCCAUCCUGGGAGGAUUCAUUGCCCUGGAGAUAUGGGUAAGUCCUGCUGGGAGGCUCCCAUCUUCUAUCCCAGUUUCCAGGAGAAGCUGGGAGGGGGGUCACCAUCUUGGGCAAAACUUCCAUGCAAAGCCUCUCCUGUGGUGUUGGUGCCCUGGGGAUGCCCAGCCCAGCUUUGGUCCCUGUUGUGUGGUGUCCCUGGCACAUCUCUGUCCCAUCACCCUGCAGCCCAUCUCCUGCAGAGCUUCACCUACACACAGCUCGUGCUUCUCCAGGGUGGGAUGUGCAUCCCAGUCCCUGCUGGUGAAGGGGCUCCCCAGGCAUCUCAAACCAAAAAUCCCCUUGAAAUCCCUGUACUAUUUAUUCUUAGUUGUGUUUGCUGCUGAUUCAAUUCUUUAUUUAUUUUGGGAGUGUUGCACUUUGAUGCCUCAACGCACACUUGCCAGUGCUGGGGCUCCUGCUCCUCCUGCUCAGCCUUGCAGCAGGAUGGGAACCUGCUGCUUUUGGUGCCUCUGGCUGGGGGGCUGCAGCCUUGUGCUAGGAGAGGAGACUGAGCUUUGGUUUGUUGAGUUUUCUGGAGCAAAACUUUGGGAGUUUGCUGGACCCGCUCUUGUGAGCCUCUCUGCCCGUGGUUUUGUGCUGGUAUGGGAUUGAUGG